AAACUCGCUCAUCCGGAAAAGUUAUCAUCGAUCUCAAUUUGAUCUUUCGCAAUUUCGCUAAAUUCGGCGUAGAGUUUAAAUGAAUCAAAUCCGAGCCAACAAAAUGAAGGGAUUUCUUUCAGCCGCAUUGACAUUAAUGUUGCUGCACGCUGCAGCAGCCAUAAAAAUUGGCGUUUCAAGAGCAAAUCAAGAGAACACCAGCACUACGUCUGCAACUACAACAACAACUACGCAGCAGCCACACGAGACCAAUACUGAAUCUACACCAAGUACAGCUGCCGCAAUAACAACUUUAACAGAAGAAAGCACUGUAAUAACCGAUAUUACCGACUUAGAUAUAGAAAGCUCCACAACAACCACUACCAAGAAUCCAAUACCUACCACUUUAAAGCCCAACUUUACUAUCGCCAUAUUUCCACCACGUCUUAGAACUACGAAAGCACCAAGAAUUACUACAACUACUGCAGCCGCAUCUACAACACCGCCAACUACAGUAAGCAGCACAAUCGCCAAUACCACCCUCGAUUCAAAUAAUGUUCAGGGUACCCCGCUAACUGUGCCACCUUCUCACGCCGCCUCGUACUAUUGUGAUUGUGAUCUCUUGUGGGAUGCUUGCGACUUAAAUUGUUGUUGUGAUAGAGAUUGUUCACCGGAGGCGCUGCAUGUAUUCAAUUGUAAUGCGGCACCAAAGCAACCAGAGUUAAAAAAUCGUUUGGAGGAUUUUCAAUAUCAGCAUGGACUGCCAUCGUGUAAAGUGAACGAUGGAUGGUUGUGUGUAUUUCGGACGAAUACACGGCAGGAACUGCAGAAGGAACCAGCGAUAGACUUCAAUACAGAUCAUUACCUUAAAUGGUCUACACCUGUUUGGGACAUCGACAGCGAGCCGCAGGCGAAUGCAAAUUUUGAUCACUAUAUAUAUGGCGAACCACUACAAUUUCUAGAUAUGAAAACUAAAAUAGUCAAAGAAUUCGAUCUUCCACAUACCUUCAAACAGCCACACUGUCAUAUCAAGGAACCUGUCAAAUUUUUGAAUUCGCAUAAACUUACCUGUCUACUAAGCACAACUGAUGAAUUAAAUUUAAACACCAGAAAAUUACUAAUAUUUAUACAAAAUCAUAAACUACUUUUGAAGCCAAUAAAAGAGGCCAACGAACCAGAGCAGCUGCCGCCUAUUUUAAGUGAACUUAAAUUAAAUAUUUGUCAAGAGGAGCUAUGUGAAUCAGUUUCGCCAAUUAAUAACACCGCUUGCGAGCUUAAACUAAAGCAUUUCUACGCCACAGAAAUAAAACUUAAGUUACUACAUAACUACACACAAAUCUUGGAUGGCUUGCUGGAAUUGCGCGGCCAACGUGAGUCACUCGACCUUACGGAGGUAUGGCAAAAAUACCAGGUGGAAUACAUUUAUAGAAAUGCAAGCGGCAAGCCAGUCGUUAAUGACACAGCCUACACACACGAAAAUGUGCCGAAACUCACCUCAGGUCCGUUGGGCUAUCAAGCAGGCAAACCCAUAAUUAUAGCACGUUUUAUAGCAAAUAAUCGAAGUGAAGCAUUAACGCCCACAAAUCAAAUAAUAGAUUAUUUCCAUGUCAAUAGCACUAAAUCGCAAACAAAUCACACAAUUUCCUUAUUCACCACACAACGGCAAUAUUGCACACGCGACACUGAUCCCGCUAAUCUGAUAAAUUAUGGCAUAAGCACUUUGAAGCAAUGCAAGCUGCGCUUCAGCAACGAGAGUCUAGCGAAAUUACCACAAGCGGAACGUAACUUCACAGAAAUUUGCAUUCAAAUGCAAACGCAAAUCCUGGCACAAUUCUUUAACGCUGACGUUUUUCGAUUUGGUGAGAAAUUCCCCGAUCUACACAUUUCACAGCUGGGGCGUCCGCAGAAUCGCAGCGAUAAAUGGACGCUGCUACAAGUACGAAAUCACGAACUUUUUGCGCCCGUAAGCGGUGAUUUUCAUACGCAAACGCAAAGUUUCAGUUGUCGCAAUAUGUUGCUCAAUAUUGGUUACGAGUUCCUAGUGGGUCAUUUCACUGCAGCAGGUAUACGGCAGCAGGCGUUGGUGAAGCGCGCCACAUUGACGUUCGGUGACCGUAAUGAUUUGGAAUUCGAAUUGGAUGAAGUAAUCGAAGUGCCGCUUAUGCUAUCGGUUAUGUUUUUCGAUUAUGCCAAGGAUGCAAUUAAUGCGGCGAUUUUGAGAAAUGAGGCUCAGGCGAAGUGGACUAUUAUUAUAUUAAAUCUUGUAAUUUUAUGCGUAGUAUAUAUAAACUGAUAUAUAAAUACGAUUUUAGUUUGUUGUGCUAUAUGUAGUUUAGAAGUAUUUUAAUUAUAGUUGCAGGACA